AAGAUCGAUCCUUUGCUGCCUCACUUGGGUUUUCUCACUCUCACUAUCCCUCCCCCAAAUGGAGGCUCUAGCAGAUCGCCCCAUCAAAAAUUCACCUCCGAAAAUCAUCUGAAAUCGCGCUCCGCCGCCGGUGUCCGGCGAGUUGGCUUUGCUUAUGGGCUUUCGAGAUUCAGGGAAGCUCGUCGCCGGCUGUGCUGUGUGAAAACGAGGUCGUACGCUGAGGAUAAAAAUGGAGGAGGGGAUUUGGUUAGCGACAGUAGCAAAAGUGCUGGGAAUAUGAAGCAAGAUCAGGGUCUUUUGCUCGGGGCUGAGAGGAACAGCGCCGGCUCUAUUGUUGGGUUCAAUUUGGUUGCUCGCUCAGGUCAACUUCAACUAACUUCAGCAAUCAGCAGUGAAAAAAUCCUUGAAUCUCAAGAAACUGAAGGUAAAGUAGGAGAAAAUCCAUCUGAAGACGUUGAAAAAGAUGAGGAAGCUUCAAUUCGGAUAACAUACAAUAUAAUUUUCGUAACUUCCGAAGCAGCUCCAUAUUCGAAAACCGGAGGCUUGGGAGAUGUUUGUGGCUCUUUGCCUAUAGCAUUAGCUAAAAGGGGACACCGUGUAAUGGUUGUCUCUCCUCGGUAUUUGAGUGGAAAUUCAUUGGAUAAAAGAUAUUCGAAUGCUGUUGAUACCGAAAGGCGGUCGAAAGUCGACUGCUUUGGUGGUGUGCAGGAAGUUGGAUUUUGCCAUGAGUACAGGGCUGGAGUUGAUUGGGUCUUUGUUGACCACCUUCCAUACCACCGCCCGGGAACUCCAUAUGGCGAUACUUAUGGUGCUUUUGGUGAUAACCAGUUCCGCGUUACAUUACUUUGUCAUGCGGCAUGUGAAGCUCCAUUAGUGCUGCCGUUGGGAGGGUUUACUUAUGGCGAAAACUGCCUAUUUCUUGCAAAUGACUGGCAUGCUGGCCUAGUUCCUGUGUAUGCUCUGCAUAUCGGUCCAUCAAAAAUUCACCUCCGAAAAUCAUCUGAAAUCGCGGGUUUUAGCUCCGCCGCCGGUGUCCGGCGAGUUGGCUUUGUUUCCGGGCUUUCGAGAUUCAGGGAAGCUCAUCGCCGUCUGUACUGUGUGAAAACGAGGUCGUACGCUGAGGAUGAAAAUGGAGGAGGGGAUUUGGUUAGCGACAGUACCAAAAGUGCUGGGAAUAUGAAGCAAGAUCAGGGUCUUUUGCUCGGGGCUGAGAGGAACAGCGCCGGCUCUAUUGUUGGGUUCAAUUUGGUUGCUCGCUCAGGUCAACUUCAACUAACUUCAGCAAUCAGCAGUGAAAAAAUCCUUGAAUCUCAAGAAACUGAAGGUAAAGUAGGAGCAAAGCCAUCUGAAGACAUUGAAAAAGAUGAGGAAGCUUCAAUUCGGAUAACAUACAAUAUAAUUUUCGUAACUUCCGAAGCAGCUCCAUAUUCGAAAACCGGAGGCUUGGGAGAUGUUUGUGGCUCUUUGCCUAUAGCAUUAGCUAAAAGGGGACACCGUGUAAUGGUUGUUUCCCCUCGGUAUUUGAGUGGAAAUUCAUUGGAUAAAACAUUUUCGAAUGCGGUUGAUACCGAACGGCGUUCGAAAAUAUACUGCUUUGGUGGUGUGCAGGAGGUUGGAUUUUACCAUGAGUACCGGGCUGGAGUUGAUUGGGUCUUUGUUGACCACCUUUCAUACCACCGCCCGGGAACUCCAUAUGGCGAUACUUAUGGUGCUUUUGGUGAUAACCAGUUCCGGUUUACAUUACUUUGUCAUGCGGCAUGUGAAGCUCCAUUAGUGCUGCCGUUGGGAGGGUUUACUUAUGGCGAAAACUGCCUAUUUCUUGCAAAUGACUGGCAUGCUGGCCUAGUUCCUGUGUAUGGGGUCGAGCCAGCAGCCACAUAUAAGAACUUGGGAUUGCCGCCAGGUUGGUACAAGGCACUCGAGUGGGUCUUUCCCACAUGGGCUAGAACGCAUGCUCUCGAUCCUGGUGAAGCUGUUAAUGGUUAUUCAUGGGAAAUAACCACCCCUGAGGGUGGAUAUGGAUUGCAUGAGCUAUUGAGCAGUCGAAAAACAGUUCUUACAGGAAUUACAAAUGGGAUCGAUGACAGUGAGUGGGAUCCAUCAAGAGACGAGCAUCUUGCAUCUCACUACUCGGUUCAAGACCUCUCCGGAAAGGCUGAAUGUAAGCUAGAACUUCAGAAAGAACUUGGCCUUCCAGUUCGACCUGAUUGUCCUCUGAUUGGUUUUAUUGGGAGACUUGACUUCCAGAAAGGCGUUGACAUUAUUCUUUCAGCCAUUCCAGAUCUUAUGCACGACGAUGUCCAGUUUGUAAUGCUUGGAUCUGGAGAGAAACAGUACGAAGAUUGGAUGAGACAUUUAGAGUCGGUCUAUAAGGAUAAGUUUCGAGGUUGGGUUGGCUUCAAUGUCCCGAUUUCUCACAGGAUUACUGCAGGCUGUGAUAUACUCGUGAUGCCAUCAAGAUUCGAACCGUGCGGUCUAAACCAGUUGUACGCCAUGAAAUACGGCACUGUUCCUGUGGUCCACAACACGGGUGGACUUAGGGACACAGUCAAGAAUUUCAACCCGUAUGCAGAUGAUAUCUGCGGUGAAGGCACUGGGUGGACCUUUACUCCUCUAUCGAGAGAAAGUCUACUGGCCACAUUAAGAAUAGCAAUUGGGACAUACAAAGAGCACAAGUCUUCAUGGGAAGGACUAAUGAGACGGGGAAUGGAAAGAAACUCAUCGUGGGACAAUGCAGCAAAUAAAUACGAGCAAGUAUUUGAGUGGGCUUUUAUUGAUCCUCCUUACGCAGGCUGAGUUUUACGUAGCAAAAACGAGACGUAACUUAUGCAUUGAAAGCGGCAUUUUGCUCGAACAACUCGUUAGAUUUUAUGUUUUUGCUAUUUACUUUUAGAAGCCAAGUAUUUUUUCAGGUUCAUGAUUUUGUAUUUAGUUUUAGAAGCUAAAACAAUAUUUUUUUGGAUGUGUAAACCAUAAAUGGAGACUGCAUGAUAUGAUUCAAUAAAUUCUGUUUCUAAAUAAUAUAUUAUAAUUCGUUCACAGUUCAAGAA